GACGUUAUGCGCGUGCACGCGAAGGGCAGUUCAUUCUGGCAAGCAGUCGAAUUUCGGCACCUACAGUAUCUUCACGCGUGAGUGACAUGUGAACUUUCCGUGCACCGGGAAUCUAUUCCUCUCAAUCUGAAGGGAAUCCGUGGUCUGGACGCUGUACUGCUAAGCAAUGGCCACCUGGUUACCAGCGGUCCUACUGGUGCUACAAGUAAUCGCUGCAUCCUCCGAAGAGCCCAUACUCGAGUUUUCCACAGACACGCCCAUCAAUAAUGUGGCACAGGACUCCCAGACCGGGCGUGUUUACCUGGGUGCGGUCAAUACUAUUUAUCAAUUGGACUCUUCAUUGAACCUUGAGGCCAGAGCCGAAACGGGGCCCAAGAAAGAUGCGAGGGGUUGCACACCUCCAGUGUCUACUUGCCAGGACCUGAAAGACACCAACAACAUCAAUAAACUGUUGCUGGUUAAUUCGGCUAACGGGUCGCUGAUAGUCUGUGGGAGUUUGUACCGAGGAAUCUGCUCUCUGCUCAACCUCACCAACGUCAAAGAGCAGAUAUACUACAGCGACAGCAAAGGGGAGCAGACUUAUGCCGCCAGCACCGAAGAGCACGUUUCCGUAGUGGGUGUCAUGGCCACACUCAAAAUCGAUGAUAAACCAUUCAACGUCUUUUUGGUCGGCAAGGGCUAUGGAAGCAUGGACAGCUCGAAACUCAUCAGCACCAGAAUGGUGCAGAACUAUCGUGACUGGGUCGUGUUCGAAAGCAUCAUUGAGGCGUCUACGGUCCAAGCAGUUCCCUUCGUGCCGAAGUACCUGCACGACUUCCGCUUUGCCUUCAAAAACGACGACUUCAUCUAUUUCCUCUUUUCACGCACUCUCGGUGGGACGGACAACAAGAACUUUACUUUCGUUUCACGCCUCUGCGAGAACGACACUCACUAUUAUUCGUACACGGAGCUUCAGCUUAGUUGCGGCCAGAAGAAUCGCUACAAUAAAGUCCAGGCCGCGUAUUUGACAGAGCCAGGGAAAGAGCUGGCCCAGGCCAUGUCCGAAUCCGGAGAGUAUGGGAAUGUCCGGGAAUGGGAUAAAGUCCUGUUCGUGGUGGCUAGCUCAGAGGAAGGGGCCACUGAAUCAGCUCUGUGUAUGUACCCACUUAAAAACAUCAACCAGAAACUGUUGGCCAUAGUUACCGCUUGCUACACGGACAACGGCAAGAUUGACGACAGAUUAGUUGUGCAGAGUCCCUACACAUCCAGUAAAGAUGAUCCAUGUGUCAAACACAGUAAAGACAUUGUGAACCUGAAUAAGUGCGGAGCUGAUUUUCUUCCAUCUCCAUUGGCCAGUCGACAGGAGUUUGCCUUGAAGGCCAAUCCCAUGUUCAUCAGACAGAACCUGCUGACCGCAGUGGCUGUGGCUGUCGAGAAUGAUCACACCAUUGCCUUUCUGGGGCACAAUGCUGGAGAGGUGAUCAAGGUACAUUUGUCAAGCCAGCCAGAGGCGUACAACCCCGGUCCGGGCUACAAAACCAGCGGCUACGUAAAUAAGAACCUUUUCUUUGACAAAACCAAGGCGCACUUGUACAUCACCACAGAGAAAAAGAUCACGAAGGUGCCCGUACAGGCCUGCCAUCUGAAGAAGGACUGCCAGACCUGCGUCAAUCAGAGAGAUCCAUACUGUGGCUGGUGUGUCCUGGAGGGAAGAUGCACCAGGCGAUCGGAGUGCAGUCGUGCGGAGGAAAAGAACGGUUGGCUGUGGAGUCCAAGCCAACAGUGUGUGAAAAUCGUCUCUUUCCACCCGGCAAAUCUCAGCUGCUUGAAGUCCCAGCAGGUGGAGAUAAACGUCCAAUCGCUGCCGAUCCUCAGAGAUUCCGACCGCAUCCACUGCGACUUUGGCCCUUAUCGCAACAGCGCCAUGAUGGUGGACGGCCGAAUCAGUUGCCGCUCACCUGAACAGCAUCGUAUACUCCCCGCAUCUGCACACCAAGAUUUCGUGGCGGUUCCGGUCCGCAUCUUUGUGAACGAUAGUGUGAAGGUCGCAUCCAGCGAGUACAAGUUCUACAACUGCACAGCGGCAGUCUGGGAAGCAGAACAUACACCGUUUGCCGGAUGUAUGUGGAAAAAUCCUGAACCAAACUAAACAGAACAGUAAAUUUCCAGAAAUACCGAGAUACUCGAGUACACAGACAACUUUACGGACAUACAUGGCUGAAACAGUGCUGGGUGUGAGGACUGAUGGCUGUCAGGUGUGAAUUAAGGCAUUUCAUGUUAAUGACCAGCAGUUAAGGUGCUUCCUGUGAUGGAUGGAUGGGUGUGAGCCAGGGAAGUUUCACAAAACAGCCUCAACAUAGUCUUAAUAUGAUUUAACUCAAAUAUAGCUAACCUUAACACUUUUUUUUUUAUCACGUAGAGAACAUAUCUAUGUAUGAUUCAUAAUUUGAAGGCAUUCUCUCACCAACUUCAUUCUUCUUUCCAGAUUGUUUCACAAAAAAUAAGACCUGGUCCUUUAAUG